ACUGUUACUGGGAAAAGCUUUGGAACCAAAGACUUCCGAGCUGCUCUGGAAAAUGGAGUCCUGUUGUGUGAUUUGAUUAACAAGAUCAAGCCUGGCAUCAUUAAGAAGAUCAAUCGCCUAUCAACUCCAAUAGCUGGCUUGGAUAAUAUAAAUGUUUUUUUGAAAGCUUGCGAGAAUAUCGGACUGAAGGAAGCUCAGCUUUUUCAUCCAGGGGAUCUUCAGGACUUGUCCAAUCGAGUUACAGUCAAACCAGAGGAGACCGACAGAAGAGUGAAAAAUGUUCUGAUUACAUUGUACUGGCUUGGCAGAAAAGCACAAAGUAACCCUCAUUAUAAUGGUCCAUACCUCAAUCUUAAAGCAUUUGAGAAGUUACUAGGGCAAGCAUUGACUAAGGCACUCGAGGAGAGCAGCCACCUGAGCAGGAGCGGCAGGGACAGCGGCUACGGUGACAUUUGGUACCUGGAGCGGGGCGAGCCCUUGUCACCCUCCGCCAGCCAUAGGAGAGACGACUCCUUUGAUAGCUUGGACUCCUUUGGUUCGAGGUCCUCUACAAGCUUCUCAUCAGAUAUAACCUUGAAAGGUGGCAGCGAAGGUUGUGAAAGCGACACCGACUCCGAACUGCCGUUCAAAAUGCACGACUCCCACAAGGACGACAGGUCCUACCGCCGGAUCGCGGUGAUUGAGCCCAAGCCCACCACCGACUUCAAUCGCUUCCUACCCACCAAAAACAAGCAGGCCACGUACGUGCCCGCGCCCUUGCGGAAGAAAAGGACGGAGAAGAAUGAGGACAACAGGAGGAGCUGGGCAAGUCCUGUCUACACCGACUCCGAUGGAACGUUUUCAAGUAACCAGAGGAGCCAGAGGCAGCUGGAUACUAAAGUGGAAAACAAGCCAAGAGCUAACCUUGCUUCCCAGUUAUCUGGGUAUUCUGAUGAGGACGAAGAAGAAUCACUAGGCGUCCCAAACAUUGAAAAGGAUGAUCUCUAUUUCCGCAAGCUAAGUUCGUCAGCACCAAGCACAGUGGUUUCUUUUGACAAAUUUCUUCCUAAAUUUUGGACUCCAGAAGAAGAAUUGAUGUGGAAAAAGAUCAGGAAAUCCUCUUUCAAACCCUGGUAUAAAGAGAUUCAAGGGUUCAGUAGAAAGAAAUCAGAUUCUGAGGAUGAGGAUUUUGCUUAUAAACCAAGCUCUGCCGUUCUUGGCCAUCAACCAAGACCAAGCUUUGAGUGGAACAGCAGUUGCAGGAGGGAUCAGAACUAUAAGGCGACUGCUGAAUAUGUGGGAAACCCACUCUCCCAGAUUGCAGAAGACAGGAUCUUGGAGGAUACUGAUGCGCCCAGUCAGUUUUUGUUACUUCAGGCUCUGCAAAAGUACACUGACUACUUGUCUUCUGAAACAAAGACCAGAAUUGAUCCUACUUCUGGCCCUAGGCUCAUAAAAUGUAGAAGGAAUAUUUCCUUUGUACCAGGAUGCAAGCAAGGAGAUGAUGAAAAUGGAUAUCUGUAUCCAGACUUAGAAAACGAUGACCUGUUUGUUCGGAAAACGGGGGCGUUCCACGUGAAUCACGUUGUUCUCCAAGACCCCGAGUAUUUUAAAAAAUUAUCUGAGGAGGAGCCUCCCCUAGAGGGUGAAAUAAUUCUGCAGCCUAGAGAAGGCCAACCGGUGAUUCCAGAUUUGGAAAAAGAUGACAUGAUUUUUCGGAAAAUCCUCUCUCAGAAAAAAGAGGUGCCUUUGUCAGGCGCUCCAGACAAGUAUCACCCUGCCCUCUUUCCUGAUCCUUGGAGCCUUCCUGAAGAUAUUCGGUCCAAAUUUUUGUGCUUGCUGGAGAGAGGCCCGACGCCGGAGGACAGGCAGAGCAGCGGCAGGGUGUUGUCGCCCUCCUUGCGGCACAAGAGGGACGAUAUGUUGACUCGCAAGAUCGAAUCCUGGAAAGUGGGGGGCAACGUGCAGCCCGUGAACUUCAUCCCGGGUCCGUGCAGUGAAGAAGACUGGAAGAAGUGGGAGGCCAUCAGGGAAGCCAGCCAAGUUAAGCACAAGAAGCGGCAGAUGGUGGAGAGGAAAGCAGGACUGUUUCAAAAGCUUUCUGAUGAGCAGGGGAGCAAGUCUUUGAACGACGUCAGUGCAGAGGAAUUGCAGUCAUUGCGCAAAAUCCGCUACGAAGAGCUCCAGAAGAUAAAAAGCCAGAUGCAAGAACAAGAUCUGCAAUGGCAAGAAGAUCUAGCAAAAUGGAAGAAUCGUAGAAAGAGCUUCACUUCUGAACUGCAAAAGAAAAAGGAAGAGAGAGAAGAAAUACAACGGCGAGCCUCUGAGACUUCUGGAAGAACUAGCAAGUCACUGAAAGAAAUGCAGGAGGAGAGGGAGCUCAGAGACCAAGAGAGCCACGGGCAGCCGAAGCUGGACCGCAGAUGGACGUACUCGCUGAACGACGACGUGUUCGGCGACGAGCACGCGCCCUCCGCGGAGCCGGCAGCGAAAGAUCCCCUCUCUGAAAGAGCGGCCUCCCCCGGCGCCAGGGCUCCGCAGAGCGCGCCGGGCGGCAGCGCGGUGGCUGCCACACGAGGAGCUGCGCCCCAGAGCCUGCCCCAGGAGCGGAGCGCGGCGCCUUUGUCCGCUCAAACUGGGUCAGCUCGGGUUUCAGCCUCCCUCCCGAGGAGCUACCAGAAAACCGAUACCUCCAGGUUAACAUCUGUGGUUACGCCAAGACCCUUCGGGGUCCACUCGAGAGGAAUCUCAUCACUUCCCCGCUCGUUCACGAUGGAUGAUACCCAGAAAUUAAAUGGAGAAGUAGAAAAAACUAAGAGAACACAAACUUUGUUCACUAGCAGUUCAUUUUCACAACCAGACUCAGCACACCCUCUUUCCACAAGUGUACUCCAAGGCAAAGGUGAGGAGGAGGAGGAGAAUGAAGGUGUUAACACAACCCCUGCUCCUAUAUCUGUUAAAUCCCAAGACCAAGAUGCUGGAAGCUAUAUUCUUAAAUCAGACUAUUGUUCUCCUCCUGAUUCUGUUUCACUUGCAUCUCCCGCAGUAAAUGCGAGUCUGCCAGAGCCCGAGGAUUCAAAAACGCAGGAGCAGUACAGUGAAAUGAGAAUCAGUAUCAACCAGAGACCUGGCCACAGUCACAACUUAGGGUUUACAACAAACUGGAGUUCUUCAGGGGCCUUUGUACAGACAGUUGAAGAAGGUAGCCCUGCAGCACUAGGCCAGCUGCAUGUAGAUGAUGAGAUCAUUGCUAUCAAUGGCGCAAAGGUUUCCCACAUGGACUAUAGUCAGUGGGAAGAAGCCAUCGCCAGAGCACUAGAAACUGGAAACCUGGUCAUGGAUGUCAGACGAUAUGGAAAGAAUGAUUGGGGCACAGACCAGCCUUCCCUGCCACAUGUAAAGCAUAAAAUCCUCAAUCUCACCAGUAUGGCUACCAACAUUAUAGGUACAUCUGAAAAUAAAUGGAUUGAUGCAACUUCUGGAGAACAAGUUUCAAACACUUCAACUGUAUCCCCAAAAAGAGACUUCUCCAGCAGCCUUCAAAGUCCUGAUGCAGACGCAAAACUGAUAAAUGGGAUGCAAGGAGACCUUGGCCCUAACGAACAAAGAGCAUCUGAACCUAUUUCUUUGAAAAACUUAAAAAGACGGUCACAAUUUUUUGAGCAAGGAGGUCCAGAGAAUGCAAUGCCUGAUCUCCCAGUCCCGUCUAUUAGUGCGCCUACUCGUCGGGUUUGGGAUCAAGAAGAAGAACGAAAACGACAGGAAAAAUGGCAAAAGGAGCAGGAGCGUUUACUGCAGGAGAAAUACCAACGGGAACAAGAAAAACUGAGAGAAGAAUGGCUACGAGCUAAGCAGGAAGCAGAAAAAGAGAGCUCCAAAUACCUAGAUGAGGAGCAGACUGUCCUGACUGCAGACACGGUGUCUGUCACUGCACGGGCCCCCUCAGCGUCCAGCUGGAGGGGGAGCCCCGGCCCGAACGCUCCUGACGACCCGGCCGCGGGCUCCCUGCUCCAGGAGGAGGACAAGGAGGAGCAGCGGAGGAGGCUCCACGAGGAACAGCGGGCCCAGGAGGAAGCAGCUCUCCGUCUGCAGCAGGAAAGGGAGCUCCAGGAACGGGAGCUGGAAAGGCAGCGUAAAGAGCAGGAGCAGCAACGCGCGGAGGAGCAGAGGCGGCACGAGGAGAGGCAGAGGGAAGCGUCAGCGGAGACUCCUCACUACCAAAGCUGUUUUGCUUAUAGACAUUAUGAGCGCUAUGAAGUAUCUAAAACAAUAGAGGAUCGACCUGGCCAUCCUCUCAUUGACAGGCAUUAUGAGCGUUAUGAGGUUUCUAAAACCAUCGAGGAGCGACCUGAUCAGUCAUUUGCUGACAGGAAUAAGUCCAAGUCAACUUCAGAACUGGAUGAAGUCACAACAAACAAGAAUGGUACUCACAGCAAACACUCGGAAAGGUCUUGGAAUACCAGCGAGUCACAGAAGGGGUCUCAGAAGGAGCACGUCCUGUCUGCAGCAGAGCUGGAGAGACAGCAAAUCCUUCAGGAAAUGAGGAAGAGAACAUCUCUACAUACGGACAGCAGCUGGAUUAGGCAGCGCAGUUCCAGUGUACACAAGGAGCCCAUUAGUCUGUACAGCAAUAGUAUGAGGAGGGGCGAGUCCUUGGACAACCUCGAUUCUUCAAGAACAAGCUCGUGGAGGCCUCACUCGUGGAUGAAUCAGUCUGUCUCCUCCUCCUCUCUGUCAUCUAGUCAAGACUUGAGUCGCCCGGUGUCCACGUCAAACCGGGCCUACAUGCGCACUCCUGCCUCCAGCAAAGCCCCUCUGCCAGCCAGCUCUGCCAGAGCCCCCUCCGUGUCCCAGCCUGCCCCCCGGGCCCAGGCACCCAGCUCUGCUUCCCAGCCCGGCUCGCAGAUGCACAGCAGUGCGUCGCCUGCGGGUGCGACCUCGGGGGAUCCCGCUCCGGAGCUGAAGUCAGAAUCCGAAACAACGAGCUCUACUGCAAUGAUUGCUAUCUCCGAUUCAAAGCUGGACAUCCAACCUCCAUGUGAAACAAAUGUAGAUAUGAAACCACUGUUGCAGAUAGAAGAAGUGAUUGCUGCUGAUGUAGAUCUAUAAAUAUAUAUAUUGUGUGUAUGUGUGUGUUUUUCAUGAGUAACUCUUGCUUGUCUAGUCUUCAUAGCAAUGCAUUGUAUCCUCCAUAUAACUGUAUUUUUAUUUAUGAGAAAGUAAUUGUACUACAGAAGCGUCUGGGAAAAAUGCUUUCACUUUUCAGCUUCAAGUACUGAAAGAACAAGGGAGAAAACAUAUUUUCAGUAAUAACUUCAGAAUAUUUUUGAGGCUUAUAAUCAACUAGCUAACUUUCCAAUGGUAUAUAAAGAGGGUAUUUUGUUCCUGAGCUCUUGAAAUGAGCAUUAGAGAAAUAGUUAAUAUAAAUAUAUAUUUGCAAUUGCUGUCUCUAUUUUUGACAUAUACUGAAAGCAAAUUCUCUAGGUUAAUAUGAAGUUGCACUUAAAUGCACACAAUGUGUUUGCUUUUCAUAUGGUGGUUUCUAAAACUAAGUGCUUUUUGAAACUUAAAUACAAAGUAUAAUCUGUUUGCUCAGUGGUGAUGGCGUAAUAUUUUGUGGAAUCCAGCAAAGGGGAAGAGUUCUCCCUUUUGCUUCCCAUGUGAAAAAUGUAACUGUCACUUUUU